AUGAAAGCAAAUCCACCAGAGAGCUCGAUUCUCAACUAUUUUGGGCUCUCGUUGGUGCUUGUUGGUGGUUUUCUUUUCUCUCGAAUCCGAGGUGGCAAAGCGGAAGAGGAGCCGGCCGAGGGAAAAAGGAUCACUUUGCAUCUGCAUGACGCGGAAAAUGAAAAGUUGAGUGCAACGCCUGAGCAAUCCGAUGAUGAGGUUUUGAAUCGAACGACGAAAGUUGAUGGAGCCGAAGUGAGACAAGAAAUGGGGGCACGAGGACGAGGAGUCGGAAUUCUUCUUGCUUUGAUCUCGGGUUGUUUCUAUGGUUUAACGUUCGUCCCAGUGAUCGUUAUGCAGGAUAAUCCCGAGAGAUUUCCCUUUUAUCCAACGGACGGGAUGAGCUACAUCUUUUCGCAUUAUUUCGGCAUUUUUGUCACUGGCACCGCGCUUUUCGUCGGCUAUUCGAUAUUCAAAAAAAACAAGCCAACAAUCAACAACGCAAUCACUCUACCAGCUUUUGGCGGUGGCUUGUUGUGGGCAAUCGCACAAUCGUCAUUUUUCAUCGCAAACGAUAACUUGUCCCAAGCUGUCACUUUCCCGAUCAUCACCACUCUGCCCGGUUGUGUGGCCGCUUUGUGGAGCAUUUUUUAUUUCAAAGAGAUUCAGGGUAAGCGCAACUUCAUCUUGAUGGCGAUCGCUGUCUCAAUCACACUGACCGGUGCCUCGAUUGUCGGACUCUCAAAAGUCAUCAAACUA